ACGGCAGGUUCUUUGGAUACCGUAUGGGCCCGAGUACAUUGUCAUAUUGGUAACCAGAUCAUUGCGAUUCGUAAUGGUUUGGAGGUGUCUAGGUCGAAAAUUGGUGAGAAGUACAGACAAUUUCCACUGUCACGUAUUAACGGAAAGGUGUCUCAGCAUUGUUUGAAAGUUCUCGAUAACGAGACUAGAAGGAUGAGGGAGCUGAGUUAUCAGGUGUAUGAGCGUUGUGGAUGUGCAAUGCGUGUGACCCAUGGUUUGCCAUAUGCUUGCCAGAUACAUGAUUUGCUAGUUGCACAAACAGGCUUGUAUAUAAAGCAAAUUCAUCCGUUCUGGAAGACCUUGGUUAUCGGUGAUGGUGUUGAUGUACCCGUGUUCGUCAACGACUCGACCGAGGAAGCUGCACAUUUUCGUUCCCUGGUUGAUGAGGUCAUUGGUAGAGAUCCUGCUGUACUUCAAAAUGUAUCUCGCAUCAUUGAGGAGGAGCUACAUCCAGAUCAUUCAAACCUUGAAGAUCCACAUGUAAAGCACAACGUUCAAGGUCGACGAAGGAACAAUGAUACAAGACGUGAUCCCUGUUAUUUCAAACAUGUCAGCCGUCAAAACACUCAACGGGGUGCACAGCAAACAGAAGCAGAAGAUCCAUGUGACAUCCGCCAAUGCAGGUAUUUGCACUUGCUUCCAGGACCAAUGUUGCCUUACAUCACGACAUGGAAGGAUGUCAUUGGCGAUGGUAACUGUGGCUUUCGUUGUGUGGCCGACUUCUUCCUCGGUGAUCAAGCGCAAUGAUUUGACGCUCGGGAAAUAAUAGCAAACGAGGUCGCCGCUCAUCCAUCCUGUACGAAAGGAUUUACGAGAUUGGAAGGGUUUGGAUGAAUGUGGAACGUAUUUGAUGGGAUGGUGGGGCGGUUGAUUCACGGCAUUGGAUGGUUACAAUUCAAGAUUUAUUUCCUAUUGCUACUUGGUUCAAUGCAAGGGUUAUUAUUCUUGGUGUAGGCACCGUACCAACCUGCUACUACCCAUGCCUCACGAUCUUACCGUUGCGGGCACGAAACACGGUUAGGGUACCCGCCCGAGAGUUUGUGAUCGCUACAGUUAGGGGGUCACAUUUCAUCCGUAUUGAUCUUGUAGAAAAUUCACCUCUUCCCCCGAUCGCAGGAUGGUGGACCGAGCACCACGAGCCAAGUGUCGACGGGUGGGAUCAGCAAUAUGAA